AUGGGCCUCUGUUACAAGUGUGCUGGCAAGAGGAGUAAGGACCACAAGUGUCCCCCGGAGGUGUUGCUGGCUGUCGAGGCAUUGUGGGAUUCAUUCUCUGAAAUUGAGCCACAAUCCGAAGAUGCUCGUAGCCCAGCUGCAGCUACUCAGUUGUUUCUGGCCAUCUCCAAAGCCGCAGUUCAGGGUGUUCACUCCACCAGAGCAAUACGCAUGCAGGGUUCAGUCAUGGGACAGCCUGUAUUAAUUCUACUUGACUCUAGCAGUUCGACUUCUUUCAUCAGCGAGUCUGUGGCUGCUAAAUUGACCGGCGUCAUCUCAUUGCCCUCUCCAAGCCAAGUCCAAGUCACUGGUGGCAGUUGCUUGCAGAGCCCCUGUAUUCUAUCUCAGUUGUAG